AUGGCCUCCGGUUCAGGAAAGAACCAAGAAGGCAACCAAACCAAAGAACCGGUCGAGAGCGAGGAGUCCAACGCCGCCACCGCCACCGCCACCGCCGCGGCCGCAGAGCCGCCUCCCCCCGCUUCGCCCUCCGAGCGCCUCCAAGAACGGGCCCAUGGGUCACCGGAAGCCGGAGGCCGGAAUUCCUUCGCUGCCACCGCCGCGGAGGCAGCGGCUGCGGCCCAGCGGAAAGGCAAGGGGAUCGGGGCUCCUUCCUGCCGGCGCUACGCGGGCGGCAAGCCCCCACUCCCGCCCCUGGCCCCCUCCGUCUCGAGAGCAAGGGAGCCGAAGUCCGCGACCUGCAAGCCCCCACUCCCGCCCCGCGCCGUCCGCGCCUCGAAAUCGAAAGGCAAGAAGCCGAUGUCCGACGCGGAGGUGGUGAAGAGCGGCAUGGAGGUGAGGGCUAAGUGGAAGGAUAUGAGGGAAGGGCGAAUGUAUAUGAAGGAGGUAUUCGACGAGCUGUUGGAGGAGAGCAAGGCGAACGCGGAGAUGGACCAGGAGGACGAACCGGAGGGAACGGCGAUGCAACAGGAGCAGAUGAAGUCAGCAACAAUAUGGCCUGAAAAUUAUUACAAGGGAUCGAUCUGGAGAAAGUUUUUGGACAGGAUAGGAAUCUCUGACCUAAAUUCCAGAAUAGCGAAUCCCGAUGUGAACUACGAGACAAUCCCUAUGUUCGACAUCAUUAGGCAUUACAGGCUCCUUGAAAUGGUUGCUGGACGAGGAGUGGAAUUUCAUUCAAAUGCACUGAACCUUCGUCGCACCUAUUCUGAAUUUAGGCCAGUGCGUGGAGAUGGAGAGUGUUUCUACAGGAGCUUCAUAUUUUCCUACCUCGAGCAAGUUCUUGAUAGGCAGGAUACACAUGAGGAACAUCGUCUUCUUGUUGCUGUUAAAGAAGUGGCUAGGCAACAUGAGCGCCUUGGGUGGGCCUCCGAAUUUUCCAGAAGCCACAAAGAUGUGCACCAUUGUUUCACAGUAGUGGCAUAGUUACAUGCCAUCAGCAUUUUACACCCUGUUGACAUAUCUUCGAAUUUAAAUUUAUUGAAAAUGUAACAAUCUAAUGCUAAUAGGAAUACAUGUUGAGAUAAGUUUACUUUCACAGAACAGCAAUAAUGAGAUAAAAUUAGAGACAUUAAAGGGCUGCUUUGUGUGGUCAUCUGAUCAUCAGAUCAUAAAUGUUUAAUUUUACCUACUUGCUUAUAUAAUCUUGUCUUUCUCGACUAAUAUCUUAACAGUUGUUGUUUACUGGUAGAAGCUUCAAAGAUGACUCUUAUGAUGUUCAUAUCUGUUCAUACCUUGCUAUAAACGGUCAGUAUUGUGUAAGUAUUAUUGCAAUAUAUAGUGUUUAUCUGAUUAUCUGAUUCUUUUAGGAAUUUAAGAAGCUGAUAAAGAAAGUAAUGAGAUGGAAGAGACACAGCAGAUGGAAGCACGUACAAACAACUAACAGCUACCGCAAAAAGAAACUUCUUCAGUACUUCAACAGCUAUGACAAGACGAAUGACAUCUACGCUUUCCUCAGAUUGGUAGCAGCUAUCUGGAUAUGCUCGCACAGUGAAGAGUUCGAACCACUUAUCCUAGAGGUCAACGAAGGCUACACUCUCACAGAUUGGUGCUUUGUCGAAGUUAUACAGUCGAGGGUCCUCACAGAUCAUAUUCAGAUGACAGCACUUGUCAAUGCACUUCGGGUCCCGCUGCGGGUGGAGUAUCUGUUUCAAGAAUUUGGUCAAGACCUCUACACUGGCGAAGGCUCCCAAGACAAUAUGCCAAGAAGCACGUGUUGGCCACGUCGUCAUCAUCAAGUACCCCCUGAUCACGAAGUUCCCCGUGUGACCAUGCUAUACACGAACCUGCACUACGACAUCAUCUACCCCGACCAUGAUGCUGCUGCGAGCCAGGAAUCUGACAAGGUGGAGAGCCCGACCGCUAAGAGUCCAAGUCAAGACCAGGGAGGUAGCUGCAGUGGUGAGAAAUCAGGUGAAUAACAGACCGCCACGGUAGAGAGCUCCACUGGUGAGAAGUGAGAACCCAAAUCAACACACUGCGCAUGGGGAAACUGAGUCCGACUGCUGCCCGUGAGUAUGAUGAGCAUUACUAAGUGAAAGAGGUAGAUGGAGAAUUAGGCAUACACUGACGAGAUAGAUAGGCGUAUACUUGUGUAGCUGGUGUAUACUUCUUCUGAUGGCACAAACUGCUGGUGCCAAUAGGAUGAUCUGUAGCUGCUGCUCCCUUGUCUGAAAACUGAUGUAAAGUCCCGACUUGGUACAUUGAUUCUUUUGUGAAUUGUGAUCACAUUCUCUUAACUAAUGCUUCCUGA